AUGAUAUGGGAUUACCUAGGAUUGAGUAAAGAUAUAACAAUAACAAAUGAACCAACAAUAGAUUACAAUAGAUUGUCAGAUAACACAACAACAAGUAUUCAAACUCAAAAACGAUCGAAUAAUUCAUCAUCACCUAAAAAGAAAAGCUCCAGAAUUAGAGAAAAUUAUAAUAGAAUCAACUCUUAUUUGAGAAAGUAUAACUUACAAGAUGAUAAUACAAAUCAAAGCAUGAUAAACGAACGAACGUCAGAUACUAUACCAGAACAUCAUUAUCAAAAUCCAAAAUCAAACUCAGAAAAGGCAUCAAAAUACGAAAAUAAUGAGAGCAAUGCAAAUAAUGGAACCAAAGACAUACCUAUUAUAGACAAAAUUAAUAAACUAAAUAGGAAGAUUAUUCUACAAAAUGAAUACUUAUUAGAAUUGAAAAAAUGUAUUGAAUUGAAUGAAUAA